UCCACAUCGUCAUAUCGCAUCCCAAUUCAUGUGACUGCGUCCUCAAAUUUCCAACAACUCCCCAACAUCCCUCUACCAGAUCACCAAGGCCCGGUCUGAGCCUCCGUCUUCAUUCCCGCGCCUCCUGUCUCCCUCAUGUCCGCGCAUUAAAGGGUGAAUCACCCCCACCUUCUCACACGCACCAAGAUCAUGGGCAAACUCAUCCGCCUCGAGCUCUUCAACUUCAAAUCGUACAAAAAUCACCACACCCUCCUCUUUGGCGAUGCUUAUUUCACCUCCAUCAUCGGGCCCAAUGGCUCCGGCAAGUCCAAUUCCAUGGAUGCCAUAUCCUUCGUCCUGGGCAUAAAAUCCUCCCAUCUCCGCUCCACCCAUCUUCGGGAAUUGGUUUAUCGAGGUCGCGUACUUAAGAAGUCCAUUGCCAACGGAGACCUACAAGCCAACGGCACAGAUGCCGCCGCCGACCACGAUUCCAGCCAGGUCAACGGAACCCAAGAGCGCCAUGAUCCCAAAUCUGCAUGGGUCAUGGCUGUUUACCAGGACGAUGCCGGUUAUGAGCAAAAGUUCAAGAGAACAAUCACCAGCCAAGGCGUGUCGGAGUAUCGCAUCAACGACCGUGUAGUCACCGCCCAACAAUACAAUGAAUCUCUUGAACAGGAAAACAUUCUCAUCAAAGCCCGCAACUUUCUCGUCUUUCAGGGUGAUGUCGAGGCAAUUGCCAUUCAGAAACCCCAGGAUCUAACCCGCCUCAUCGAACAAGUCUCGGGCAGUAUCGAAUUCAAAGCCGAAUACGAUCGCUUAAAGACAGAAUUGGACGAGGCAUCUGAGAAACAGGCCUUCCAGCUCAAUCGCCGACGGGGCAUCAAUUCGGAAAUUCGACAAUACCAAGAACAAAAGCGAGAGGCUGACAACUUUCAGAAAAAGUCAGCUGAGCGAGACGAGGCCAUCACCCGUCACGUCUUGUGGAAGUUGUUUCAAUUACAGCAACAGAUCAACGACUCCAAUGCCGAAAUCGCGAGACUGAACGACGAAUUCCAGGAAGCCACAAGAGCCGCCGCAAAAUUCGAUCGUCAACUCGAGGCCGCUAAGAAGGAUCAUGCCCAAGCUUCCAGAGCCGUGACCAAGGCCGAAAAGGCUAUCAAGGCCAAGGAGAGAGAGAUCGAGGACAGCAACGCGGCCCUCAUUCCUAUUGACGAGCAAAUCUCAGUCUCAACUAAGCAGCUUUCCAAAUACACUUCCCGUGUCGACUCAAUCAUGAAAGAACAUGCCUCGCAAGCAUCCACCGUCGGUCAGCUGGAGAAAGACCUUUCGAAGGUAGAGAAGGCUCAAGCCCAGUGGCAGAAGGAAUGGGAACAGAACGCAAGCCGCAUGGGUGGCCAGUUAAGCGCUGCCGACCUCCAACAAUAUACCAAACUUCGUGAAGAGGUCAACAAACGUGCUUCUGCAGACCUGAUCCGUGUGCAGAGACUCAAAAAUGACCGUGCCCCGAUCGAAGCAACCUAUCACAACCUCAAAAAUGUUGUUGAGAGCACCGAGUACCGGCUGAAAUCUCUUGAAGCUGAAUACAACACCAUCAAAGACCGGAAAGCCGCCAUCCAAGAACUUAACAAACAGAUUCAGGCCGAGAUUGACGCAAAGAAGAAGGAACUCAAUGCCGCGACAUCUAAGAGAUUACAAGCCGCUCGAGCUCGAACCGAGCUGGACGAGAAACUGGCCGAUAUUGCCAGGAAGCUCCUGGAAGCUGACGAUGGUCGCCGCACCAGCGAGAAGGAGAGGCGGAUGAGGGAGACAGUUGCCAUGCUCAAGCGAACCUACCCUGGUGUGAAAGGUCGUGUGCAUGAAUUGUGCAAACCCAAGCAAAAGAAAUACCAAGAGGCCGUUACCACAGUGUUGGGACGUCACCUUGACGCCGUUGUCGUCGACACAGAGGCCACCGCGAAACAAUGCAUUGAAUAUCUACGCGAUCACCGCUCCGGCCAGGCUACAUUCAUUCCACUCGACACCAUUCAAGUCAAAGCCGUCAACACGAAUCUCAAAGGCAUGCACCGCGGCAUGCGCCCUGCCAUUGAGACUGUGGAUUUCGAUCACUCCGUGUCACGCGCAAUCUCAUAUGCUUGCGGAAACGCAAUUGUGUGCGAUGAUCUCGAAAUUGCCAAAGAUCUCUGCUACAAGAGGCACGUCGAUGCCAAGGCCGUCACCCUCGAUGGGAGUGUCAUUCAUAAAGGUGGUCUAAUGACGGGUGGUCGAGGAAGAGAGCAAAACGCUCGACGAUGGGAUGAUGCCGAGGUUGACAAACUCAACAAACUAAAGGACAAGCUGAUGGAAGAGUGGCAAGCCCUUCCUCCCGAGAGGAGUCGUGUUGCCGAAGAGCAAAGCUUGCAGAAUGAUCUAAGUGGUCUCGAAGCUCGACUGCGCUAUUCGAAAGAAGAGCUCGAUGCACUGCAGAGAAAUAUGCAGAGCAAGAAACAUGAAGUCGACCACACCAGCUCUCAGCUACGAGACGAAAAGCCAAAGAUGAAAUCAGAGCUCUCCAAACUGGAAAAGAUCGAUCAAGACAUUGCCGACUAUCAAGAAUCCAUCAACAAGGUUGAAAAUGACAUCUUUGCCGCCUUCUGCCAGCCACAUGGUUUUGAUGAUAUUCGUGAUUACGAAGCCAGACAAGGAUCGAUCCAGCAAGAGGCAGCCCAGAAGAAACUUGAAUUCAUCACUCAAAAGGGCAAGAUUGAGGGUCAGCUCAAUUUCGAGAAAAGCCGAUUACAAGCUACCGACGAUCGCAUCCAAGCAUUAAGAGACAAGGAACAACGUGACAGAGACACGAUUGAUGAAUUGACCGAAAGACGCCAAGGUCUGCAAGAUGAUCUCGAUUCUCUGAAACACGAAUUGGAUGAACUUCAAGCUGAGUUGGAUCAGCACAAGGAACUCCAGGCCGAAGCCGAAGAAACCUUCUCCAGGCGGAAGAAUGAAUAUCUGAAACACAAAAAGGAGAUUGAUCACGUUCUGACCGCAAUUGACGCUCUAAAUGCGCAAUUACAGCGGCACGCGUCAGCACGCUACAGUCUUCUACGUCGAGCCAAGAUCGAAAACAUUGCCAUUCCACUUGCUCCUGGCUCAGCGGAUUUAGAGACUGUGCCCAUCAAUGACUUGCCUCUGGAAAAUGCCGAUGCCAUGGAUGUUGACGAAGACGAGCCAUCGUCGUCAGGCAAGGCUGCAAAUGUCAACGACUAUGGCAUCGAACCUGACUUUGAUGCGCUCGAUGACGAUCUCAAAGAUGAAGAUUCCGACUCUGUGGACGCGAAACUCCAAGAGGACAUCCAGAAACUCAAUGCCACGCUGGAAAAGAUGCAGCCCAACGCCCAUGCGGCCCAACGUUUGGCAACAGUGGAAGAACGCGCUCGGGCCACAGAAGCGGAGUGGGAGACUAUUCGCACUCAAUAUCGUUCGCUCAAAUCUGCCUUUGAAGAUGUCACUUCCAACCGUAAUGAACUGUUUCACAAAGCCUUCAGCCACAUUGCCGAGCAAAUUGAGCCGAUUUACUCCAAUCUCACCAAAUCCGACGAGUUUCCCGCCGGUGGUCGAGCGUACCUCACCGCCGACGACGAGGAGCCAUACCUCGCUGGUGUCAAUUACCACACGAUGCCACCAACGAAGCGAUUCAGAGACAUGGAACACUUGUCUGGUGGCGAAAAGACAAUGGCAGCCUUGGCUUUGUUGUUUGCCAUCCACAGCUAUCAGCCUAGCCCUUUCUUUGUAUUGGACGAAGUCGAUGCCGCAUUGGACAACGCUAACGUGGGCAAGCUCGUCAACUACGUGAGAAACCAUGCGGGCCCCGGCAUGCAGUUUAUUGUCAUUAGUCUGAAAACCGGCUUCUUCCAAGGCAGUGAAGCCCUCGUUGGGGUGUACAGAGAUCAGAGCGCCAACAGUUCCAAAGUAUUGACACUAGAUCUUCGCAAGUAUCAACCUUGAACGAGUCUAGGACUACUAUCCGGGAGAGAUCUCUUGCCAGCUUGACAACGUUGGACUUUAUUCUGCAGCUGGACAAUCUUUUGUGACUCGACACUAAUGUUAAAGUGCGGUCAACCUGUCCUGAAAUGCAGUGCAGACUACACCCUGUGCACAGACAGUCAAACUCAUCAUGUAUACGACAGAUUAUCCUUUCUUUCAGACUUGAGAAUCAGAACAGGACGCUUCUGUGUUCGCCUUCCAGACCGCGCCAGAAACAAGUGGAUGUACAGGAAAUGGCGCAAUCAGUCAAUGUCGGUGUGCUCAUCAAGAUGAUAUAUCCAAUCAUCCACGAAAAUGUUAUGGACCCAGGACUUCAAAAUCACCAGAUGCAGAAUGCGCCAUGCGCCAUGCGACAUGAGAUAGAUGAUGUACAAACGACGAACAACCAUCAUACUAGUAUGAGCUACCUCGCUGUUUACGUCCGAGCUGUUCAGGAUUAAUCAUAGCUUUGUAAAAAGAACUGGAAUCUCAG